UUCACUCUUCUAUGAUGUUAGGAGAUUAAAAUGUAUUAUCUCUAAACCCUGUUAUCUGGGUAGUCUGUGAUCUAUCAGUAAUUUACAACUGCAUGUCCUUGUCACAGCCGUGCUUUAGAUCUACGGACUCCUGGAAACGUGCUAUUGCAACAGUGGAAUGAGACACAGAGCGGACGUGCCGGUCGAUCUCCGCAGUCUUCCCUCUGGGGGUCACUCUGAUUCUGUUUUCUCUUUGCUACGUACGAGGCAGCCACCUAACUCCCAGUUGAUCCCCAUGGAAAACACUACUGAGGUGACCGAGUUCGUUCUUGGGUUAACGGAUGACCUUGAACUGCAGGUCCCCCUGUUCAUAAUCUUCUUCCUCAUCUACCUCAUCACUUUGCUUGGGAACCUGGGCAUCACCAUGUUGAUACUGCUGGACCCUCGUCUCCACACUCCAAUGUACUUCUUCCUCAGCAACCUCUCCCUGGUGGACUUUGGCUACUCCUCAGCUGUCACUCCCAAAGUGAUGGCAGGGUUCCUCGCAGAAGAGAAAAUCAUCCCCUACAAUGCUUGUGCCACCCAGUUCUUCUUCUUUGUAGCUUUUAUCACUGUAGAAAAUUUUCUCUUGGCCUCCAUGGCUUACGACCGCUACACAGCAGUGUGCAAACCCCUGCAUUACACCACCACCAUGACAACAGGUGUGUGUGCGCGUUUGGUCAUCGGCUCCUACGCCUGUGGCUUCCUGAACGCCUCUAUCCACACUGGGAACAUUUUCAGGCUCUCGUUCUGUAGGUCCAAUGUGGUUGACCACUUUUUCUGCGAUGCUCCUCCUCUCUUGGCUCUCUCGUGCUCAGACAACUACAUCACUGAGAUGGUUAUUUUUUUGGUGGUGGGUUUCAAUGACCUCUUUUCUGUCCUAGUCAUUUUGAUCUCCUACCUGUUAAUAUUUAUCACCAUCCUGAGGAUGCAUUCAUCGGAGGGACGUCAAAAAGCGUUUUCCACCUGUGCUUCCCAUCUCACUGCAGUCUCCAUCUUUUACGGGACAGGCACCUUCAUGUACUUACAGCCCAGCUCCAGCCAUUCUAUGCACACAGACAAAAUCGCAUCCGUGUUCUAUACGAUGGUCAUCCCCAUGUUGAACCCCCUGGUCUACAGCCUGAGGAACAAGGAGGUCAAGAGUGCCUUUAAAAAGGCUGUAGGAAAGGCACAGCCUUCUUUAAGAUUCAUAUUUUAAUUCUAUAGAAUCAGCAGUAAGACUGCUGAUUCACACGGCUCACAUCUAUCUAAGGAAAAUAUUUACCUUUCCAGCCACAAAAUUCCUAAUUCCUUGUAGUAAUUUCUCCAGCUAUUAAUUAAG